UGUCUCUCUCUCAUUUUGUUAUUAUUUCUUUUACCGCCGGCGGUGACUGUAACCGUCGCCGUCUUCUCAACUCUGCCUUUGCACGCCUUGUACUCCCUUGGAGGAGCGGAUCCCGUCACCGUCCGGUUGAGCGUUGGGAUUCCUGACCCAUGGCGACCGCCCAGGACUCGCCGCGCGGCGAGCUCGAGCUCGAGUUAGAGCCCAAUCUCCGCCAUCGCCUCCCCCUUCCGCGAUGGGGCGACCGGCGAACGUCCCGCCGCCCCGCCACCGACCGAGGCGGCGGAGAUCGGACCCCGACCGCCGGGCCGCUCGGCUGCGGGAGAUCGCCUCCGGCCCAGGACGGAGGCGGCGGGGGCGAGGACGGAGGGCUGGAGGAGCUCAGGGCGAAGCUGAUGGGCCAUCUCCGGGUGGCGGCAGACCGGAUGAAGAUUGCGACGUCGGAGGCGGCGCCGGAGGUCUCGAGGCCAUGGAACCUGAGGGCGAGGAAGACUUCGAACGGGAACGGGGGGUGCGGUAGCGCGGGGGCGGCGACCGCCGCCGCCGGAGGGGCGGCGGCGACUGCGACGGGGCCAGCGGCGGAGGAGGAGAGGAAAAGGAAGAUAGGGCUGACGGUGCCGCUUACGGCGGAGGAGAUCGAGGAAGACGUCUACGCGUUAACGGGAUCCCGGCCUCGCCGGCGGCCAAAAAAGCGGCCAAGGGUCGUACAGCGACAGAUUGACUCUCUCUUCCCUGGGCUGUGGCUAUCUGACAUCACAGUAGAGUCUUACAAAGUUGAUGACGACUAAACCCUUUCUCCCAGUGCCUCGGUUGUGCAGUGCCCCUCUCAGGUCCAUGCUCUCCUUUCUUCACUCUCCUCAGCUGUUACAGUUAGUCUGCUGAUGCAGCAAAAACAUGUUUGGUUCAUGAAAUGUACAGCGCUUUACAGAUAAAAUGGAGGACCAUGUAAAUACUUUAUCGGUUUCGCCGUUUCAGUUAGAGAGCAUAGCUGAACUACAACUCUCUUUUGCUUUGUUCACAGUAUAUACAGAGGCUGCUAGUUGUGAGUUUUGUACCGCAGGCGAGAAAUCUUUCAGUGCGAUUCUAAAUUGUCGUUAGCAGAAUUUUGCAUCCACCGAUAUGUAUAAUCUACGCGAGAGCCAGUGGUAUGUAACUCGUCUUCUCUCUUCUUUUCUGUUUUUUGAAGUGGCAUGCAUAUUUUCUGGAUUGAGACAUAGUUUGCCUCGCUCGAGUAUAUUCAAGCUCAUUGACAUAUUUGGUCCAUUCCUAAGUCAUCCGAUCUAGCAUGUUUGUUCGGUUUGAUGUUUGUGCAAUUUGUUUGUAUCGUCCACUUA